AAAGUAUGUCUGGGGCUGUGGGAGUGACUACUCCAGGGAAUAAUAAGGAAGGGAAGGAGAAAGAGAAAGGCAAGAAAAAGAAAAAGACAAAGACAAAGACGGAGAUGGAGCUGCAGCUGGAUGAAGAGCAGGGAGAGAGGGAGAGAGCGGGAGAACUUGAUAUCGGGAAGCUGGAUGAUCUGGCGGAUUGUCUACUGCAGGGGGUCACUUGGGUGGAGUGGCAGGCCAUGCGGGAGAGGGUUUGCAGGGAGCAGCGGGCUUGUCUAGACUACUACUAGACUGAGGUCUAGUUCAUGGCAUGGAGGGCCUAGGUGGUAAUAUAGUAAUAUAAUGAUGAUAUAUAUGUAGUA